CCGUGCGCUCUUGGAACCGAGCACUAUAAAAACGGAGACCUAUGCACGCUUUUCAUUCACCCAUAUACACAGCCGCUACACUACUACAAGCUAGCUUGUACGUGGUAACACUGUGAAAGACAGUCGUACACUCACGAUGGCGGGAGUUAACGGUGCCACGGCGAGCGGAGGCGACAACAAGGCCAAGGUGGUGCUGGUGAUGGGCGCCACGGCCACCGGCAAGUCCAAGCUGGCCAUCGACCUCGCGCUGCGCUUCGGCGGAGAGGUCGUCAACUCCGACAAGAUCCAGGUGCACGACGGCCUCGACGUGGUCACCAACAAGGUCACCGCCGCGGAGCGCCAGGGCGUGCCACACCACCUUAUCGACGGGGUGGCGCCCGACGCCGACUACACCACCGCCGACUUCUGCAGGGACGCCGUGCGCGCUGUGGAGUCCAUUCUCGAGAGGGGCCGCGUCCCGAUCAUCGCCGGGGGCUCCAACAGAUACCUGGAGGCGCUGCUGGACGGGGAACCUCCUGCAGGCUUCCGCGGCCGCUACGAAUGCUGCUUCCUCUGGGUCGACAGCGACCUGGCGGUGCUGGACCGCUACAUAGGGAGCCGCGUGGACUGCAUGCUGGAGCAGGGGCUCGUCCGCGAGGUGCGGGCCUUCUUUCGGCACGACGACGCCGACUACUCCAGGGGUAUCCGGAGGGCCAUCGGCGUGCCGGAGAUGGACAUGUACUUCCGGAUGGAGGCCGCAGGGGCUCUCGACGGCGACGAUGAUGAUCAGCUGCGAGUGCGGCUCCUCGCCGCGGCCGUUAACGAGAUCAAGGCCAACACGUGCGGCCUGGCGCGCCGCCAGCUGCAGAAGAUCCACCGGCUCCACGGUCUCCAAGGCUGGAGCGACAUCCACCGCCUCGACGUCACGGAGGUGCUUCAGCUCAAGGUCGGGAACGCCGGGAACCCAAAGGCACAGCGCGACGCGUGGGAGACGGACGUCGUCAGCCCUGCGGCGAGGAUCGUGGGAAUGUUUCUGGCUGUUGAGGGAGCUAGGGACAAGGACAAGGACCGUUUCUUGUUGACGACGCCCAAAGAAGUGGCCGUGCCAGGCAUUUGCACGGCCACGGCAGAUUGGUUCGGCCAGCAGCUGGACAUGACGGUCAUGUCUCCAAGCAAAGGGUUUGCUGGAUUGGGCUCGGCGGCCGCCGCGGUUUAAGCUGUGAUGACGAUGAACUCAUCUGCUGAUGAUCAAUCACUGAACGGACUCCAAAUGCAUGUACAUUCAUUUAUUUCAUGUAGGGAAUAAGUUGUUGUAGUGUAUUGCUCCCCCACUAAUAAUUAAUUUAAGGCCAGGUAUAGGAGAAAUUGUAGGGGAGGCUGAACGACAUAGCUCAUACUUUGGAACGUUGUAA